ACUUAAAACUUAAAACUAAAAAAGAAAAGUAAAGAAAAACCCUAAAAGCUAAAAGUCGACCGAGUUGGUCUUCCUUCGACUUCCCUUCGUCUUCGACUAUUCCUCUUCACUUCACUUCACCAGUUGGUCCAGUUCACUUCUUCUUCAUCAGCCCAGCCGCCGACGACGUCGACCGCUCCAGCCAGCAGAUUCCAGAUUCCGAUUCGUCUCAGGUCAGCCCAGACGACGACAAUUUCGAUUUUGACUUCGACCGGCCCGCCAUAAACAUUUGUUCUUCCUUCCUUAAUCCUUCUGUUCAGAUUUUGAUUUCCUUUCUUUUUUAUCAAGUUUUCAAUUUUUCAUUUUCGAUCUCUGAAAUUUCCAUUUCUUUUAGUUUGAAUCUUUGAUUUUAGGCGUUUAAUUUUAAUUUUUAACAGUAAUAUGUUUCCUUUGGUCUGAAAUCUGAAUCUUUGAUGUUAAUUUUUAGGUGUUUAAUUUUAAUUUUUAACAGUAGUAAGUUAAAAUUUAAUUUUCCAGCUCUGUUCCGGUUUAAAUGGCAUCUGCAUCAAGCCGAAGUCAAUCAUUUAAUCCUUCCAUAAACUCAUCCUCCUCCAUUGUUGAAGAUGAUACAAAACCUCUUUGGAAAAAUGUGACCAAAAUUAAAAAAUUAGGGACGGGGGUGGAAAUUUCUUUUGGCAAUGUAACCUUUGUAAUAUUUCAAAGAGGAGCUCUUAUACAUGGGUUAGAGCUCAUUUAUUGAAGAUAAGUGGUCAAAGAAUUGGACUUUGUUUAAAAUUCACUUCUUCCAUUUUGAGUGAAAUGCAAAAAUUGGAAGAAGAAGUAAAGACUCGACUAGAAAAAAAGGUCCAAAGAAUGUUCCCUUACCACCUCCGGUCAUGACAAUUGGUGGUGUUAAUGUUAGUAAUUCUCCUAUUACAAGCAAAUUGGACUUUGAAAAGAAGAGAAAGUAUAGUAGUAGUGAUGCAAGUGCAAUUGAAAAAUCAUUCAACAAUGCAUCACGAGACCAAUUACAUUCACUAAUUGUCAGAAUGUUUUAUUCCGCUGGUUUGCCAUUUCAUUUAUCGAGAAAUCCACACUUUAGAGGAGCAUUUUCUUAUGCAGCAAAUUAUUUGUUGUUAGGAUAUUUGCCUUCUGGAUAUAAUAUGUUGAGGAAGACUCGUCUUCAGAGAGAAAAGACAAAUAUUGAGCGAUUAUUAAUUCCAAUUCGAGAUGGAUGGCGUACUAAAGGGGUGAGUAUUGUGAGUGAUGGAUGGAGUGACUCACAAAGGAGGCCUUUGAUCAAUUUUAUGGCAAUUGGAGCACAUACUCUUUUAUUAACUCUCUCAAAAGGAACAAGUUGACACCUCAACGUGCAGAAGAUUUGGUAUAUAUUCACAGCAAUCUACGCCUUUUGUCAAGGGGUACUCCAGAAUAUUCAAGAGGAGAGACUAAAGCAUGGGACAUUGCUGGAGAUAGUUUUGAAGAUGUUGUGGUCAUCAAGUGAAUUAAGUCAUUCACAGCUGCUUUCUCGGUCUCCGUCAAUUUGCCGGUCGUACAUUUCAAUGGCAGCCGGAACAGGAUGUAGCAGCAAAAGCUUGGAUUCGGACCCGAUGGAAUCGUGCAAGGGAAUGCAAAUUGAAGGAUACCCAAUUAAGGGCUUGUCCAUUGGAGGCCAUGAAACUUGCGUCAUUUUCCCAACCCUCAGUUUGGCGUUUGAUAUUGGUCGCUGCCCUCAAAAGGCCAUAAGCCAGGACUUCCUCUUCAUCUCCCAUGGUCAUAUGGAUCACAUUGGGGGACUUCCUUUGUAUGUUGCUACCCGUGGAUUAUACAAAAUGAAACCGCCAACAAUUAUUGUACCAAAAUCUAUAAAGAAUGAUGUAGAAAAUCUUUUAGAGGUACACAGAAGAUUGGAUCAAUCUGAGCUGAGAUGUAAUUUGAUUGGCUUGGAAGUGGGGGAAGAGUUGUCAUUGAGAAGGGACCUCAAAGUGAGGGCGUUUAAGACAUACCAUGUCAUUGACAGUCAGGGUUAUCUACUUUACUCUGUAAAGCAGAAACUUAAGAAAGAGUACUUGGGACUAUCUGGCAAUGAGAUCAAGAAACUCCGGUUAUCUGGUGCGGAGAGCACAUUUCUUGAAAAUAGAGUUACAGUUGAGCAUGCAAGAGAAUACGGCCACACUCACCUGUUUGAGAUAAUAAACCAUGCUGAAAAGUUUAAGAACAAAGCGAUUCUUCUGAUUCAUUUUUCAGCUCGCUACACUACAGAGGAAAUUCAGCAAGCCAUAGCUACUAUACCUCCACCUUUGGCAGGCCGAGUUUCUGCGCUAAUGGAAGGUUUUUGAGGUGGGGUGCACCCGUCCAAUACACUUUCAUAUCCACAGGUUAUUUAGAAGUAUUCUGGAGAUCAUUUUGCUCACUUUUAUACUUUUUUUUUUCCUAGUUCUAUUGUAAUUUUUCAUGGUUUAUUUUAUUGAAUGAUUUCAUUGCGAAAGUAGUGUGCUUUGAAUUGGGUUGUCUCUAUUUUUGUGAGUAUGACUGACAAUUAUAUCUAUUACAGUUCGAAGUAGAAAGAUUCAAGUCACAAAUUAAGAUUGACAAUUUAACUUA